GCGGCAAAUGCCGGUUUUCGUAAACAAAGGUCGUGCUUGUGCGAGUUUUAAAUAAACUUGGCAAAAUGUCGACACAACGGAAGGAUAUGUGGAAGUUGCUUUACAACCACGUGAACCGCAACGUAAGCAACUUUUCCGGCGUGUACAGCGUUAUAGAAGACAUAUUAUGCCAGGAGCCGAGCCUGAUAAGCUGUUCGUUGGUGCGGGAGCUGCACAACAAAUUCCAGGACACAUUCCUCCUCUGGCUGCUCAACAAGCUGGCCAAGUGCCUUAGUGAGUCUCCAAAUAGCAGCGAGUGCAUCAAUCUUCAAAGGAAAAUACUGAGCUCCUGCUGUUCCAAUCAUCCCAAGCUUUAUGAACGCCUUGUACUGGCCUAUGUGGAAGCCAUCGAGGAGACGCACCUGCAGCUAAGUUCCCUGGACCUUGGCCAAUUGAGUAGUGAGCAAAAACCCGCCAUAACUGUAAGAAUAUUCCGAUGCGAUGUGGAAUGCCUGCAGGAGUUCGAUCCGCAUUGCGCUAUCGAGGACAUCAAGGUGCCUCUUGAGCAAGCCGACAUGUAUGCCAAGAGCCUGCUGGAGAUCCUCCAGCAUGCCCAUCACAUUGGAUACGCCACGCAUGGUGACAUCUUCUCGGGCAGCCUUCAUCAGGCUCUGCUAAUCCUCAAGGAGUGCGACAUGGACACAAAGCUGGCCAGCUUGAAUUACUGUCACAGUGUCCUACGAUCACAGUCGGCCAGCAGCUGGAUAACAAACCCAGACGUUGGACAUUAUGCGCACUUAACGUUGGAGGCGACGGCAAUCAUGUGGUCGGCGGUAGCCAAGUGGCUGGACAUGGGCUGUAUGACGCGCCAGGAGCUAAAACGGCUCAAUAUAACCACCAAGCUACUGCUAGAAGUUCUGCAUAUGCGUGCUCGUCCAGCCCACCAUCUUGGUUACCUGCUUUUGAACGAGAUUCUUAGUUUGCCGACUGCCAUUGAAUUGGACGAUGGACUGCUGGAGACCUUAAGUUCCUAUAUUCAAGGCCAGCUAGAACAUUCGGUUGUACCAUUGGAGCAACUGUUGCACUUUCAGCAGCUUUUGCUAAGCCAUUGGCACUGCCACCCCACACAUUUGGUGCCCAUAUUGGCGUUAAUGGGCUUGAAACAGGAUGAGAUGCGCUCAGAAGUGGUGCAUGUGCUUAGCCAAAGCCUCGUUCAAAUCUUGCAGAAGGAAGAAGUCUUGGCAAAGGAUUGGCAUAAACUGAUUGCUAUUUUACGUGGCUUCAAGCAGCUGGAGAAACUCGUUCUGUCACAGAGUCAGCAUAAAAUAGCUGAGCACGAAGGCCACAUCGAUUCCUCAGUUCUGGCCAUGUUUCGGCUGCAGUGUGAAAUCAUAAAGGUUGCGGAUACCAAUUGGAAUAACCUUUCAAUGCAGCUGGUUGAGCUGGAAUCAAGGUGUCCCGCAGACAAAAGACACAUAUACUUGGAAAUCUGUUCCCUUUUGAUGCAAAUCACCUCCAUCCGACACUUUCUAAAGACUCAAACGCAACACCAGCUGCUGGCCAUUCUGCAGCGACAUUUGAAGCUGUCCCACCUUUGCGCCAUUCGCUUAGAGACACCUUCUAGUGUGCAUACCCAAAUGCAAAGCUUUUAUGCCCAGCAGUACAUGAGGCUAUUUAAAUCCGAGGACACACAGGAGAUAUUCUGUAGCAACCUUCCACAGUUGUACAUUUCGGGUUUCAUAAAGCCGGAGCAACUGAUGAAAGCUCUGCCCACCAUUAACAAUCGGAGUGGCCGCGCUCAAGUUAUUCGCCUAUUGCUCUGCUCCCAGCCAGGUAAAUUGAGUGUCUUUAAAGUCCAAGAUCGCAUUGAGCUAUACUGUCCGAAAUGCAGGCCACUGCCAAAGAAACUGCCAGGUAUUUACCUCGGAAAAUGCAAGCAGCAGCUGCCAUGUCCAGACUUUUCAAGCACCACCCUCGAAAUGAUAGCAAAGGAUUUGUUGUUUUAUCCCGAUUUUGCAUGCAUUGCCCAGCAUCUGGACCUUAUGUGCUUUGAACCCGAUGUGAUUCUUGACCUUCUCAGAGAAACGGAGGCACUGCAAAAGGUUAACGUUAAGGUUAUCGGCCUGCUGGUCGCUGCGAUGCGUGUGCGUUCGCCAGAAUUCCUGGAGCAAUUGGCCAAUCUUGUCCUAGCUGCUAUAAAAGCAAUGCUGGCAAAGCCGCUGACAGAGCAAAAUGUGCUGCAGCAAAGGAGUAUGCUCAACGUACUGACCGCCAUUGCUCACAUGGAGGACGAUGAAAUCUGGCUCUUUCACUGGUUCAAAAUGACGUUCUUCUUUCUGGUGCACACUCGCUCACUGGUGGCGCAAGAAGCUGUGCUGGCGGCCACCGAGAUGUGUGCCAGCCAGGGUCUGCAGACGAUUCAUCUGUGGAACUGGUACAAGCGAGAUGCUCUCGACCUUGCCGUUCGCCUGGCUUUGAACGUCUAUCUUUUGGAUGGCGUGCGCUUCACCCGAUCCCUCCGAGCGCUUACGAAAAUGUUGGGAUUCACGUGCGUUCAGGAGUUCACCUGCAAGUAUCAUCGCCUGCUGACCGCUAUGGUCCUGCCGCAUUGCGUCGUGAACCCGCGUUGCAAGGGAGUUUUGGUAUUGAUAGCCAAGCAAAUGCAGAAACACAUUGGCACCUUGUUCUCCAUCUCGUUUCUGCGGAUCUACACGCACGUCUUCCUGACCGAGGAACCGGAGCUGGCGAACAGUUGCAUCGAGCUGGUGGUCAGUUGCACCCAGUCCAGCCUGCAGCAGCUAAUGAAUGCAGAUGUCAAGCAAACGGUGGCCGAGUUGCUUAUUUAUUUCAACCGAAACCCCACAUUCGUGAUGCGAUCCUUUCAAAGCCUCUUGCAGUUAUCAAUCGGUUCCCUGGAGGAGUUGUCCAGUCAAACGGCGAAUGCUGAGUUUGCGAAUUUCAUUGCUGAGCGUUUCCUUGGUGUGAUUACCUACUUCGAGAGCUGCCUGAGUGAACCGUCUUUUGAGAAGCCAUUGAAGGAGGAGACUUUGUACAGUUUGGGCCAGAUAAUGCGAUUCGUGGGCUCCCAGCAUGUCACCCAGUUUCGCUUCAAAAUCAUUGCCAUGCUGAGUUUCGUUCACACAUUGCAGGAGCCUCGUCUCCAGCGAAUUUGCCUGAAGAUCUGGCACAUAUUCCUGCAUGUUGUAAAUGUGCAGGAGCUGGGUCCCUCGCUGGGAAGAAUCGUGGCCACCUUGCAGCCGCUGCUGGCGGACAACGAGAGCGUGAAGCAGGUCAACGAUCUGUAUGAAUUCAUAAUUCUGCGCAAUGCCUCCAUGCUGGGCACCUUUAUAACAGAUCUGUACUUCCUAGAUCGGCUGGAGAAUGUUUCGCCCUCGAUUCAAAAAUGCAUCAGAAGGCAUACGGCCCAUCUGGACCUAAAGGGAUUGGCGGAGGAGGAGGAUCAAUCGCCACCAUUGGUGGACCAGUUGCGUUUCCUGCAAAAGCACAUAACCGAUGAAUGUCUCCAGGUACGCGUCUAUGCCCUCCAACAUCUUGGCGAUCUAUUCGGCAGGCGACGACCCAAGCUAAACAGUACGAUUCUCAGUGAACUACCUCUGGAGCCAAUGCUGGAGCAGAUUGUGAAUGUCCUAAUGGCCGGCUGCCAGCACGAUGAUAGCCAACUACAAAUGGCAUCGGCCAAGUGCCUCGGAGAACUGGGAGCCAUCGAUGCCAGUUACCUGCCCUCGAACUACAAUUUUGCCAGUCCACAGCAGUUGCCGCUCAACAUUUUAUCAGAUGAUUUUGCCGUUCUGGCGCUGACUUCGCUGUGCCGUGGCUAUCAGUUCCAGCAUAAUACAAAGCACGUGGAUAGCUUCUCGCUGGCCAUUCAGGAGACGCUAGCCAUUUGUGGCAUCUCGCCCAAGGAGCAGAAGAAGGUUCAGCUGUGGCAAUCGCUGCCAGCACGAAUGCGUCAGCUGAUGGAACCGAUGCUUCAUUCCUGUUACACCUGUGUCCAUCGACCCAGCACCUGCCUGCAGCAGCCGCUCUUUGGGAGCCACUACUCUCACAACUAUUACGAGGAAUGGGCCUUUCUGUGGGCAAGUCGAUUGAUUGACUACAUCCCAUCCUCGGGUAAGCGCCAUCUGCUCAGCUCCUACAAGCCGUGCAUCAAGCGGGAUAGUAACAUGCUCAGCACAUUCUACCCGUACAUUCUGUUGCACGCACUGAUUGAGUGCACGACGGAGCAGAGGAAUCACAUCCAGGAGGAGUUCAUGGCAGUUCUGCAAGCCAACGAGGAAAGCUCGAGCUCGGUCAGGGGCCGCCAGGAGCUUGGAGCCAUUAAGGAAAAUGCCUUCAAGCAAUUUGAGUCUAGAAAGUAUGCCGCGGGUAUCAAGCCACUGGCGAGCACUUUGGUUUCGGAUCGUAAGGAAGAUUCCAGCCGUGUUCCUCGCCUGGCUGGCAAGUUGUGCGCCGAACUCUUGGAUUUCCUGCAGCGCUGGCUAAGAGAGUGGCAGAGAAUUCACGGCCGGAGCACCGGCGGCAAGCCACCAGAGACAAUAGAUUCUAACUACCGAAAGAUCCAUGAGUUUCUCAAUCUGAUACCCAAGCUAUUGGUAUCUCGAGCCAGCUACAAUUGUGGCGAAUAUGCUCGUGCGCUUAGCUACCUGGAGAGCUAUUUGGAGGAGGGUGAGGACAAAUCGCAGAGGUUGCUGGAGCAGUUCACAUUCCUCGUUGAAGUGUAUGGCUCACUCAGAGACCCCGAUUCUGUGGAGGGAGCCGUGCAGGUUCGCAGUUACGACAUGAGUGUGACGCAGGACAUUCUCGUCAAUCGACUUGUGGAGCGGCAGCAGGACAUGAUCACCUCCUACGAGCAGCUGCUCUCCAGCACAGACCAGAUGCAGCCGGAUCACGUGCGCGCCAUGAUCGAUGCAUAUUUGAGGGACACCCCGAAGACAGCUCAGCUAAUCGCCGACGGUCUUUGGCAGCGACUGUCCGAUCAGUACUCCGAUCAGUGUUUCGCCGAGUGCAAGUCAGAGUUACUCUGGCGCCUGGGCAGCUAUGAUGAGAUGGAGGAGCUGCAGUCCAACUGGCCAGCUCAGUGUUCGCAAGGCUGUCUAAAGCUACGUAGGCCACUUACCACGCGUACCGAGUUCGACUCGUUGCUGGACGGGAUGCGCGAGUCGGUGCUGGAGGAGCUGCGUAGCUGCUCGGCAGUACAGCAGCACUCGUAUGCCAAUGCAUACGAUGCUGUGCUGAAACUUCACUUGGUGCAUGAACUGCACUGCAGUCAGGAGCUAGUGGAGAAGCUCGAACAGGAGCGGGAUCAGGACAAUCAGGAGAAGCUAAUGAAGAAUUACUUCGACGACUGGCAGUAUCGCCUGCAGAUUGUACAACCGCAAGUUCGCGUCCAGGAGUCUAUAUACAGCUUUCGGCGAAAUAUACUGGCUGAGCUUCAACGCCGCCUGACAGAUCGCAACCAUUUGCUGCCCCAUCUCAAGACGGAGCUGGCCAGAAUCUGGCUUAAUAGUGCGCAAAUCAAUCGCAACGCCGGUCAACUGCAGCGAGCUCAGCUUUACAUACUUAAGGCGGCGGAAUAUCAGCCCUCAGGGCUCUUCAUCGAGCGCGCUAAGCUGCUGUGGCAAAAGGGCGAUCAGGUGAUGGCCAUGAACUAUCUGGAGGAGCAGCUUUCGAUCAUGCGAUCGGGUUGCCAGGGCAAUGUGAAGCAGCUGGCACCGGAGCAACGACAUCUCUUCUUUCGCGGAAAGUACUUGCAGGCGGUGUAUAGCGCCGAGUCCAUGCACCUGUGCGCGGAUGCAGUACUGAAGUACUUCCAAGAGGCCAUCGCUGUGCAUCGCCAAUCGGAGAGCUGCCACGUACAGAUGGCACAGUUUUUGGAGAAGAUACUGGAAGCCAGGCAGGGCGGUAAGUCGGAGCCAACUGGCGAGCAAGACGAUAUGUUGAUCAAUGUGAUGGUCAACUAUGCUAAGUCCCUGCGCUAUGGCAGCGAGCAUGUCUAUCAGUCGAUGCCACGACUGAUCAGCCUCUGGCUGGACACCACCGAGACCUCCACAAACACCGAGCAGGUGAAGAAGAUGAACGAUUUGCUGACGAACUGCUGCACCGCACUGCCGACGGCGGUGUUCUAUACGGUGUACUCUCAGAUGCUGAGUCGCCUUUGUCACCCGGUGAACGAUGUGUUCACUGUUCUCCGUAAUGUGAUAAUCAAAUUGGUGGAGGCGUAUCCGCAACAGUCGCUGUGGAUGCUCUUGCCGCAUUUUAAGUCGGCCAAGGCGCAGAGGAUCAAGCGUUGCAAGCUGGUGCUCACCGACAGCCGCCUGCAGAAUUCCACUUUCCAGAAGCUGCUGCAAGACUUUAACUCGCUCACAGAGCGUCUCAUGGAUCUCACCAACAAGGAGGUGACACUGGAUCGCACGUACAAGCUGAGUGACCUGGACACGCGCCUCUCUAAGCUAUGCAAACAAUCGGAAUUCUCCCAAAUACUGCUGCCGUUUGAGAAGUACAUGCAGCCAACGCUGCCACUAAAUUCCGACUCCAAUUCAAGUGAGGGAUCGCAUCUUCCGGCAAGCCAUUCGACCGCCAACUGGUUUCCCUACCAGCAGAUCUACAUCAGUGGCUUCCAGGAGUCUGUGCUAAUCCUGCGCUCGGCAGCGAAGCCCAAGAAGCUGACCAUUCGCUGCAGCGAUGGCAAGGACUACGAUGUUCUGGUGAAGCCCAAGGAUGAUUUGCGUCGAGAUGCUCGCCUGAUGGAGUUCAAUGGCCUGGUCAAGCGAUAUCUGCACCAGGAUGCCCCGGCCAGGCAGCGGCGUCUUCACAUCCGUACAUAUGCCGUGCUGCCGUUCAACGAGGAGUGCGGCCUGGUCGAGUGGCUGCCCAAUCUGGCGUCGUAUCGAAGUAUCUGUAUGAACCUGUAUGCUCAGCGAAGGCUGGUGAUGUCCACCCGACAGCUGCAGAGUCUGGCUGUGCCGCUGCACGAAUCCAUGGAGCGCAAGCGAGAGGUCUUCACCAAGCAGCUGGUACCUGCCCAUCCGCCGGUCUUUCAGGAGUGGCUGCGCCAACGCUUCGCCACUCCGCACAGUUGGUACGAGGCGAGAAAUACGUACAUUCGUACAGUGGCCGUUAUGUCCAUGGUGGGAUAUAUCCUUGGCCUGGGCGAUCGCCACGGCGAGAACAUCCUGUUCGCCGAGGGCAACGGCGACGCUGUCCACGUGGACUUCAACUGCCUGUUCAAUCAGGGCGAGCUGUUGCCCUACCCGGAGGUGGUGCCCUUCCGUCUCACACAUAACAUGAUCGUUGCCAUGGGUCCGCUGGGCGUGGAGGGCAGCUAUCGCAAGUGCUGCGAGAUUACGCUGCGUCUGCUGAAGCAGGAGUCCAAGACCCUGAUGUCCAUUCUGCGGCCCUUUGUCUACGAUGUGGGGGCACAGACGCGCAAAGGCGCCGCCACGGCCAAAAUAACGAAGGAUGUGCAGCGCAUCGCUGAUCGCCUGCAAGGACACGUUAAACGCCAGCAGGCGAACAGCAUUCCGCUUUCGACCGAAGGACAGGUGAACUUCCUCAUCAACGAGGCCACCAAGGUGGACAACCUGGCGUCCAUGUACAUUGGCUGGGGAGCGUUUCUUUGAACGUAUGUAAAUGUUGUUAUCUAACUGAGUCGAGAUCUACGGAUUGUUCGAUUUAAUACAUAUAUGUGUAUAAACAAUUCAGAUUGAAUUUACAUAAUAUGCACAAUUAUUGGUUACAUAAGUUAUAGUUAAGUCUGUUACAAAAGUUCAAAAACACAUUUAGUUAAAUAUACCUUCGUUAGUUGUUUUAUAACAUACAUUUAAAUAACAUAUUCAUAAGCCCAUCGAAUUAAAAGCACACAGAGAAUUGAAAUGUGA